UGAGAGGCGUGGCCCAUCCGACGCGCGUCACUGUUGUUGAAUAAAGCACGAUCGGACCAUACAUCUGCAGCACUUUUGAGCAGCCGGGCGGACAGACGCAGAAACAGCGAUCGGUGAUGAACAACUAUACAGCGAAAGGUUGACACUGUGCAGCGGCGCGUUGAAGGUGAAAACCGAGGAGGAGCAGAAGACAGAGAAGAAAAAGACAUCUGUGCUGUUCUUCCCUCCUGUCCAUGAUGCGGGACUCUGUCUUCAACUGCUGCGUUUCCCCAGCCCAUCCCCCUGGAGGAGUGGAGGAGCACCACCAACAUAGAAGCAGAGCUCACACUCCGCCGCCUAAUGAUAGGCGUUUCCUUAUAUUCUUUGACUUUGACGAGACCCUGGUGGAUGAGUGCACUGACGACUCUAUAGUAACUGUGGCGCCAGGUGGAGUCCUGCCCGGCUGGCUGAAGGACACUUACCGUUCUGGCCACUACAAUGAGUACAUGCAGCGUGUGCUGGCCUACCUCGCCGAACAGGGCAUCACCCCGGCAGCUAUUCGAGACACAGUGGAGAAGCUCCCUCCUUGCCCAGGCAUCCCCACUUUGAUGCAAUUCCUGCUUUCCCAGCCAUCAAGGGACUUUGAAGUGGUUUGCGUGUCUGAUGCCAAUACUGUCUUCAUCGAGACGUGGCUGCAGCACCUAGGCUUCCGCCCACUGUUUCUGCGUAUUUUCACCAACCCGGCUCACUUUGAUGAUAAUGGGCAGCUGCAGCUUCGGCCCUUCCACUCCCAUGAGUGCCUGCGGUGCCCAGCAAACAUGUGCAAAGCAGUGGUGGUAAGGCAGUAUGUGGCCCAGCGCAUGCGUGAGAGAGGCGGGCGGGCCUAUCAGAAGGUUCUGUAUGUGGGCGAUGGGGCCAAUGACUUUUGCCCAUCACUCACUCUGUCACCGGGUGAUAUAGCAUUCCCACGCCGGGACUUCCCAAUGCAUAAACUGAUUCAAGAGAUGGAGGAAGCCAAACCUGGAGAGUUCAAGGCAAGUGUGGUGCCCUGGAACAGUGGAGAGGAUGUCAUCAACACCCUGAGGAAGAUAAUAGAGAGGCCCUAAAUAUAUAAUACACUUAAAUAAGGCCCUCAAUAUGUUCACAGAUUUCUUGUUACAUUCCAAACUCUAAUAUGUAUCACCUUAGUUCUGUUGAUUGAAACUGCCAUACUCAGACACAUAAUAAUGACUCCAUUAUUAACAACAAUAUGAGUUAAGGAUCUUUUAAUAAGAUCCGCAGUUAAUGACUGUGUACCAUUCAAAUGACACUACAAUAAACUGUACUUUGAAAAUGUUAAGCCAUCUAAAAGCUUUACGCAGACUUACAGUAUAUUCACAUUUACAGAUAUGAGCAUGAAUAUAUGUGUGUGACUAUC